AUGCCUUGCACCUCUGUUAAGGGCCAGGUCCUCGCCAAUUUGGUGGCUGAGUUUGCUGAAACCCCAUUUGAAGAAAAAGUUGAGAAGCAGAACAUGGAUGGAAAAUCAGUUGGGUCCUUCCUUAAGGCAGCAGGGAAUAAGAGAUGGUUACUAGUCGGCAUGGAUUACUUCACCAAAUGGGUUGAAGCUGAACCAUUAGCGAAUAUUAGGGAUAUGGAUGCCAAGAGAUUUAUCUGGAAAAAUAUUGUCACUCGGUUUGAAAUCCCUUGUACACUCAUCUCAGACAAUGGCCUUCUGUUUGAUAGUAAAGCCUUCAAGAGGUAUUGUAAUGACCUGGGCAUAACAAAUAGAUAUUCCACCUCGGCAUAUCCAAAGGGAAAUGGACAGGCCGAGGCUGUCAAUAAGGUCAUUGUGAGUGAGCUCAAAAAGAGGCUGGAUGAUGUAAAAGGAAAAUGGGUGGAAGAGUUGCCACAUGUCCUUUGGACAUAUCGAACUACACUUCAUAGGUCCAUUGGGGAGACGCCCUUUUCAAUGACUUAUGGGGCCAAGGUUGUGAUUCCUCUGGAGACAGGAUUUCCAACGCUAAGAACAAGCUCUUUUACCUCGAGCAGCAAUGAUGGGCUAUUGGAGAAGAGUUUAAAUUUAAUUGAAGAGUGA